CCCUGCAUACAUUCAUUUCUAAUCCACCAAAUCACUACUGGUCUUGUGGUCUGGUUUGCUCUUUUUUCUUUUUAUUUUGCCGUUGGCUUCUCUCCUCCCCAUACGAGUUGUCGGCAUAUUAUACUACAUAUAUUCUGGCCCUCUUUUUUUGGCUUUUGUCUGGUCAUCUCGACAUACCACUAUGAAACGAGUUUGUCGACCUGCGAUUUGUUGUUGUAAUUCCUCUAUGGGAGGGGCAAUAUGUGUGUGGCCCUCUUCUUCGGCAAUCAUGCUGAAUCCUGGGAUUGUUUUUGUGUCUCGUAUUGGUUCUUUGUUCGUACCACGCCCAAGCAUACGAAGGAGCGUUUUCUUUUUGGACUUUUUUUUGGGGCCUCUUUCUUUUUCGUUAGUUAUUCAGCAAUAUCUGCAUUGAGAGAGAGAAUACAAGUACAAUAUAUUUCUACAUUACC